AUUAUGAAACCAAUGAAGGCGCGGUUAACGUCGUGAAUCUUGGGCGUUUGUCUGGAUAAAAAGUUUGCGGUGGCGGUCUGAGCAAGUUUGGACAGGAGGGGGGCAUUAUUGUAAACGUGUAUCCGUACGAGUAUGACCGACACAGAAGCGCAGAGCGCCCCAUCGUCGGCACCGGUGGAAGAACCGCCACAGCCGGAGAGAAAAAUUAUAGGUAGGGAAAGUAGAAUUACUAGUGGCAAAGAGAUCUUCCUUGUCAAAAGUUUGAAGAAUUUGUUAGUGUUAUAUGUGUGUGGAUUUACCAAGCCAGCAACGUUGGCCAGGUGUUUCAAAUCAAUGCGUAAAAGAUGUCAGUAGGCUAAAAAGUGGGUAGCUGGAAAGUGCGUAGGCUAUGUUUUCAGUGUCUGUCAGUUAGUAGGUCUUGGGUAAUGUUAAUCUAUGGGAGUAGCCCACAUUGUACACCCAGGUCAAAUUGUGCUGAACCUAAGCAGUUUUUGGAGUGUUUCGUUUCUCGAGUUUCACGUCCAUCAUAUUUUACGCACGGACUUGGGAUGAAUACAAUUUAAUAUCAUUUGAUUUAAUGUUUGCUCCAUUAUAAGAUUAGGACAUCAAUGCUGAGACAAAUAUUAUUCAACAAGCGCAUAUGACAAGUUUUCUCAAAUGACCCCUCGCGGAUUUGUGCGGUUGGUAUUGAUGUGCCAACCUGUAUAGAUGCACACCGUUUUUAUCGGAUUUUAAUUCAUUAUCAAAACAAACAUUUUGAGUUAUUGACGUGGUUGAAUGUAGGCUAAUGGUGUCACAAUAAUACCCUAAUUUCACUUUAUCAGAUGUCACGUGUUCCAAGGGGGAGGGAAUUCGUUCACAGGUGUAGGUCAUUGCUUGAUCAUCGAUUUGAAGUCUGAUUUCCCAUCUGACAGUACUUCGGAUCAAAAUGAUCACUUGUCCAUACUUAUUUGCCACGUCCUGGGCUUUCAUAAAAUGUUUUCAGCAUUACAUUGCGCUGUGGUGCAAAUUCUUUGACUGAAGUUGCCAUUCAACAGUCCAAUAGAGGUGGAAAUUACCUUUUUUUUUAAUUUUAGUUACAUCAAUCAAACUGCUAGGUGUACUCAUGUAUUGCACUUCUGCACAAACUACGAUGUUGAAACUAUAACUGUUUUCACAGGAAAUACUAGUCCCACUUGACCUAGUCCGUAGGUUCUACUCAAGUAUUGUUAAUGAUUGACACGAAUGCCAUAUUCUGCAGCUUAAAGCGCUUUGGUUGAGAUAAGGGAGAACAUUUUACAAAUGAUUGUAAUAUAAUAUUUUCCCUUUAAGGCUUCAAACGCUAUUCAUUGAUGGAUAAUUGACUUGAAUUUUGACUUGAAUUUAAUAUUUGUGACAUAGUAUUUAUCCAAAAGGCUGAUUGAGGACCUUUUCUAUGAUUUUUACUUUUCGUUUAUUGAUGUGUGUAUUGAAGUGUAUUCAGGGCUCAUCUGUAAAAGACACCUUGGUCCCAGCAUGACGCCCUAACAAAAUAAAGGUAAAAAAAAAAAAAAUCGUUGUUGUUGCAGCCACUGCAGUCCAAGGCACCGUGAAAUGGUUCAACGUGCGUAAUGGAUAUGGCUUUAUCAACAGGUACCAUGUUAUGCACAAGACUGUACCCUGAAUAAUUAAUUUUGUGUAAUGUGGUGGUCUGAUGUGCAAUUGAACUGUACACUCAUUGGGCAUUUCAUUUGACACAAUGCAUGCGCUCUAUAAUACAGGUAUCUGACAUCUUAACAUGGAUGGGAGUUGUCAUAACUGAUGUUAUUUUUCCCCUCUCAGAAACGACACCAAAGAAGAUGUCUUUGUUCAUCAGGUAAGCCCAGCAAGAUGAAGUCCAUGUCAGGAAGAGCACCUGCUGCUUCAUACCACUGGGUCACAUUCAUUAGUGCACACUGUUUUACAAUGGGAAAACAAGGGUUUCUUAUUGGAUCAGUUCAGGUAGUCCCCCUCUGUUUGUCUGUUUUCUUCUGUUUGACUAGUGAAUACAACCCUGUAUCACAUCACCCAAUCCAUCUGCUGUUUAGACUGCCAUCAAGAAGAACAACCCCAGGAAGUUCCUUCGCAGUGUUGGGGACGGGGAGGUGGUGGAGUUUGACGUGGUCGAGGCCGCCAAGGUAGGCAAACCUGUAAGAAUGGUCUUAAUUUUAUAUCACCCAUUAUUAACAAGCCUUAAAGGGAUAGUUCACACAAAUCUAAUCUUGACAGACCUUUUCGUGCCUCUGACUUAGUUGUAAGUGAAGUUCAGUUUUAUACCAUAAGGUGUGCAGCUUUAUGCAGUUGGAGAAAUGUCAAAUGAAUGGGGAAGAUUGAGUGAACUAUCCCUUUCAUUUGAAUGUCACUCAAACUGUUUGAAUUGCACAUUGAGAAUUCAAGGACAUCAUUGUUUUAAAUAUCUCUCCUACAAGCUCUCUCUUUCCCCCUCAGGGUUCGGAGGCAGCCAAUGUGACCGGGCCUGGCAGCGUUCCUGUCAAAGGCAGCCGCUAUGCGCCCAACAAACGUCGCUUCCGCCGCCGCUUCUCCCCUCGCAGCCCUCGGCCCGAUGACGAGAAGGGUGACGGCACCUCUGUCCCCACCUCGGAAGGCGAAGGGGGAGGGGAGAAUGGCGGAGAACGACCGGCACCGCGACGACGCAGGCCCCGCCGACCAAGACGGGAAGGACAAGAGGUGAGGAGGAGGAGGAGGAGGAGGAUGAAAAGGUGCAUCCCAACAGUUGAAAGUCCCCUCAUUCAUGUCGACUUAUUUGAAGAGAAAAACGGAUGGACAAAGUAAUGUUGAAUGGAAUUUACUACCAGCAAUUUGCUUCCACUUGUCCAGAUUCCUUUACUAGGAAUUUGCUUCCUCCUGUCCAGUUCGUAAAUGUCUGCAAAUGGAGGAAAGGGGUUGAAGGUUGGACCUCCUGUGAAUAUCUGUUGUGUAAUCUGUUUUCCCCUCAAGUGUCGUGCUGUCUGUUCUCUCCCCAGGGCGAGGCAGUGGAAGGCGACCAGCAGAGGCCGCCACCGCGCAGGUUCCGCAGGUGAGACUCGUGACAUGGUGUUUUUGUGCCGGCUAGUUUAUUUGGGAUGGGAUGUUAAAAUGUCAAUGGAUCUUAGCAGUUUGUGGAUAUCUUUUUAGGCCUAUUUGGCUGCGCACGUUUGACUUUGUCCCACGCCAUCUAACCUUCUCAGGCCAUUCCGCCCUCGCCCACCCCCCGGGGAGGGUCAGCAGGAGGUCAGCGCCCUCACCGAGAGACUAGAAGGCCAGGCAGCGGACGGGCAGAAGGAGGUGAAGGAGGCGAAGGGGGCCCAGGAGGGCCAGCAGACAAACGGGAAGCAGGCCAAUGAAGACGUCCAGAAACCCCGCCGACAGUUCAGCCGCCGCAGGCAGAGGAACUCUGAGUCGAACUCUGUCUCUAAAGUGAGCUGCUCAAUGCUGCCUGUGUAAUGUUACGAUGCAAAGUUUCCCCCCGUACAAAAUAAUACGAUGUUACGUUGCUAAGUUUCCCCUCUGUUCAUAUCUUAGGAUGGGACAGAGAAGCCAGCUUUGGAGCCUAGCACCCUCCCUCAGACCUCCAAGCCAGCUGACCUCAAGGCCUCUCCGAAGUCCUCCCCUAAAGGCUCCCCCAGGAUGUCCCCCAAGUCCUCCCCCAAAACCAUCCCCAAUUCACCAGAGGUAAGAGGCACCCCAAAGUCUUUUCAAUACUCCCUCUUGCUUUUACUAACUGUUGUAACUGGUCUUAACUUGGCUACUGAAGUCUUACUGUAGGUAUUCCUUUAUGUACAGUUUCAUCAUUUGAAUAUCGAUUCAUUGGAUAGUUAUGGGCCAACUAAGUCUAGAAAUCUUCCUUUCCAGGCACCUGCCACGACAGUUCCCAUGGCCGCAGAAUGACGUCUGUGAGCGGAUGGCGUCACGCGACCCCAGGCAAGCGGUGGGACCCAGUGCUAAACUCAUGCAACCUUUCAGGGGUUGGGUGGAGGAGGGUUUAGGGUUGUGCCUCUUGCGUUUCCUAGCUGAUGGCACUAGUAUGUGACCAUUUAGUUCCAUUCAUUAGUUAUUUUUCUACGUAUGGUUUUUAGAGGAAGUACACAAGUCUUCUGAAGGGAUGGCAAGCACCAGGUGUUGAAGAUGCUUUUCCUGUUUAAUUUAUAAUUUUGGGACAUUCUGGUGUUCAAUGAAAGGCCACCUAUAUUGCAGGUGUAAUUUGGUUGCCAAUUGAAGGCUCAAAUCCUGUGGGACCCACUGCUUGCGUUGUCAGGUUGGAAGUUUUAAGUUUUGGCAUUAUUUUUGUUCAGUUUAUUUUGUGUUUUAAUGUCUGCCUCCCCCCGACUUGUCUAGACACUGCAUAUGGGAGAAGGGGGGGACGGGGAGGAGAGGAAGUUAUAUGGGGGGUGUGUUUACAAAUGAGAAAAUACUU